GAGCAGCUCUACACAAGAAAAUAGCAGGAGCUACUUGGAGCCUGAAAGACAAAGCCCACAGCUCUACGUUUCAUUGGCACUUUGCACUGCAUACGAGAGAGAAUCCAACAAUGCGCGACCUGGAGAAUACUUUGGACAAGCUGGUACAGAUUAAUGAGAAAGAUGCUCUGGAAGCUACAAUACAAGAUUGGGCUCAAGUGCUGACUCCCAAAGAUCCAAAUGAUGAAGCUCUAGAUUUUCAAGUUCCAGAUUUUGAAGAUUCAGACUUUGAAGAUCAAGUCGAUGAAGAGCCUUUUGACGUCACAAAGAGAGAUGAAGAGUCCAAGAGUGGUUUAAGCUGGAGUGAUGAAGCAUUCAUGGAGGAUUGCUGUCCACUUUGUUCACAUGUUUGCACUGAGCCUGCAGUGCUGCAGUGUGGCCACAGCUUCUGUAACGGCUGUGUGCAAGAAUGUGAGAAGUGGAAAAAGUCUUUUAAAUGUUCACUCUGUAACAAAGUCAACAACAACCCAGAGCCUCCAGUUAAUGUUGCCAUGAUGAGUUUGAGUGAAAGCGACAGAGUUGAUCCAUCAGGAGGACAAAGAAAUGUGCAGCCCCUGAAGUUGUCGACUCCUUCAUCUCCAGAGCUUCCACUGUCUGAAGAUCUGACUGAGGAGACUUCAGUGUUUGGCAAACAUAAAGAAAAUGUUCCCCGUGUGCUCAUUAUUAAAUGUGUUGAAACGUUAGUUGUAACGACUGUUGUCACAUUUGGUGAAGCUGAUGAAGACUAAAACCUUUUCAAGUUCAGUUAACUACAAUAUGAUAACCUUGAUGAGAUAUGAGGGUUAAAUGAGCCUGUGCUCCUUCAUGACCCUCUCAAACAUUUAUUUAUUCGCUAUCUUCAUGUAGUGCAUACUGAGCCAUGAGAGAGUAACACUUUUCAGGACUCUUUUCGGACCAAGUCCAUUGCACUACUUUCAAACACUUUGUUCUCCAAUGUUUGCCUUUCUCUUAUUUUUGCAUAUAUUUCUCUCCAUUGUACAUAUUUCUCCUGUUUGUUAUUUAUUCCUGUUCCUACUAUUUAUAUUCUAUUCUGACAUAGUUGGUGUGGAGCACCCGAAAUAUGUUGUAUAUGUAUGAUGACAAUAAAGGGCUAUUCUAUUCUA